AUGGAUAACCAAACACUCAUCAAGGACUUUCAGAUUGUUGCAUUUUCAGAUUCACCUAAACUUCAUCAUGUAUUUUUCUCUGUCUUUGCCUUGGUCUAUCUGGUUGGGCUAUUGGGGAACAUCCUCCUAAUUACCUGUGUGGUCACUGAUGUCCACUUACAUGUUCCAUUGUACAUCUUCCUUAGCAAUCUGUCUUCAGUAGAUGUCCUUCUCACAUCCUCCACUCUCCCCAAACUGAUGGAUAUUUUGUUGUCUGGGAAUAAUCUAAUAUCAUUCAUUGGAUGCUUCACACAAUUGUUCUUCUAUUUGUUUGCAGCCGCUACAGAGGACAUUUUGUUGUCCUGUAUGGCAUACGAUCGGUACGUGGCUGUCUGUAAGCCUUUACACUACCAACUGAUUAUGAAUAAGACCAAAUAUGUUCUUCUAAUACUAAGUACUUGGAUGUUGGCGUCUGUCAAUGCCUUAUUUUUCACAUUGUCCAUAUAUCAGAUGAAUGUAUGCAAUUCUAACAAAAUCCAGCACUUCUUCUGUGACAUAAAAGCCUUUGACAGAAUCGCGUGUUCCCACAAUAGGUUUCGUAUCAUAAUUUACUUUGAGAUUGUUGUGCUUGGGCUCUUCCCGUUUAUGCUCAGUCUAUCAUCCUAUGUGAAAAUCAUUCUGAUUAUCACCAAAAUUCAAACCAUGAAUGGAAGAUGGAAAGCCUUCUCCACCUGCUCAUCUCAUCUGACCAUCCUUGUUACAUUCUAUGGAGCCGGUACAUGUAUGUAUGUGGUGCCUCCAUCAGGGGACUUUGAGAAGAAGGACUUGAUCUUCUCUGUUAUGUACACCGCAGUGACUCCCAUGUUAAAUCCUCUGAUUUAUAGCUUAAGGAAUACAGAGGUGAAGCAGGCAGUGAUAAAGAUGUUUAAAUAG